AAAAAAAAAAAAAGAAAGAAAAAAGGAUUUCAAUUUAUUUCCGUCCUGUCAUUCAGCUAUGUUGCUAAAGCACUAAGUGGAAUUUUUAUGAAAAUAUCCACCACUCAAAUAGAAAGGAGAUUUGAAAUAUCCUCUUCUCUUGCUGGUGUAAUUGAUGGAAGCUUCGAAAUAGGAAAUUUGCUUGUGAUUGUAUUUGUAAGUUACUUUGGAUCUAAACUACACAGACCGAAGUUAAUUGGAAUUGGUUGUUUCCUUAUGGGAACUGGAAGUAUUUUGAUGGCUUUACCACAUUUCUUCAUGGGAUAUUACAGGUAUUCUAAAGAAACCAAUAUUGAUCCAUCAGAAAAUUCAACAUCAAACUUACCAAACUGUUUAAGUAAUCAAAUGCUAUCACUCAAUAAAACACCAUCUGAGAUAGUAGAAAGAGGUUGUGUGAAGGAAUCUGGGUCACACAUGUGGAUCUAUGUCUUCCUGGGUAAUGUGCUUCGUGGCAUAGGAGAAUCCCCCAUAGUACCAUUGGGGAUUUCUUACAUUGAUGAUUUCGCAAAAGAAGGACAUUCUUCCUUGUACAUAGGUACUGUGAAUGCAAUGGGAAUGAUUGGUCUAGUUUUUGGCUUUAUGCUGGGAUCUCUGUUUGCUAAAAUGUAUGUGGAUAUCGGAUAUGUGGAUCUGAGCACUAUCAGGAUAACUCCUAAGGACUCUCGUUGGGUUGGAGCUUGGUGGCUUGGUUUCCUUGUGUCUGGAAUAUUAUCCAUUAUUUCUUCUAUACCAUUCUUUUUCCUGCUCCCAAAUCCAAAUAAACCACAGAAAGAAAGGAAAGUUUCACUAUUUUUGCAUGUGCUAAAAACAAAUGAUAAAAGGAAUCAAAUAGCUAAUUUGACCAACCGAGGAAAAAAUAUUACCAAAAAUGUGACCGGUUUUUUCCAGUCUUUGAAAAGCAUCCUUACCAAUCCCCUGUAUGUUAUAUUUGUAAUUUUUACAUUGUUACACAUGAGCAGCUACAUUGCUUCUAUUACUUAUAUCAUUAAAAUCAUGGAGCAACAGUAUGGUCGGUCUGCAUCUGAGACUAACUUUUUGUUGGGUAAGAUAUAUUUUUACCUGUUUGCUUGACAAAUGAAACAUUACUGAGUACUUGUGAAGAAAUUAUUUUUGUCUCUCUUAUCUUCCCUCCUCCUUUAUUUCCCCUCUACUUCCCCCUUGUCUCUCUCCUCCUCUUCCUUCUUUUCUUCCACUAUCUUCUCUUUCUCUCUUUUUGAUAUAUGUCUAUCAUAUAUUUUCAGAAAUAGUCCAGUAAGAUCUCAUGUAGAUGUACCACUUUCUUAUUGCAACUCAGAGUGCAAUUGUGAUGAAAGUCAAUGGGAACCAGUUUGUGGGAACAAUGGAAUAACUUACAUCUCACCUUGUCUAGCAGGAUGCAAAUCUUCAAGUGGUAAUAAAGAGCCCAUAGUGUUUUAUAACUGCAGCUGUGUGGAAGUAACCGGUCUCCAGAACAAAAAUUACUCAGUGCACCUGGGUGAAUGCCCAAGAGAUGAUGCUUGUACAAGGAAAUUUUAUGUUUAUUUUGCAGUUAAAGUCUUAGAUUCUUUCCUCUGUGCAAUUGGACUUACCUCAUAUUCCAUGCUGGUGAUUAAGAUUGUUCAACCUGAAUUGAAAGCACUUGCAAUCGGCUUCCAUUCAAUGAUUUUGCGAUCACUAGGAGGUAUUCUAGUUCCAAUAUAUUUUGGGGCUCUGAUUGAUACAACGUGUAUGAAGUGGUCCACCACCAGCUGUGGAGCACGAGGAGCUUGUAGGAUAUAUAAUUCCACAUUUUUGGGAAGAGCCUUCUUCGGCUUGAAGGUAGCCCUAGUGUUCCCAGUACUUGUUUUACUUACUGUAUUUAUUUUUAUUGUAAAGAAAAAAUUCCGUGGAAAGGAUACCAAAGUAUCAGAAAAUGAAAGACAAGUAAUGGAUGAAGCAAACUUAGAAUUCUUAAACAACAGUGAACAGUUUGCACCAUCUACUGAAGAAGAGUAA